ACAUUAGCAUAGCAGGUUUGAUAAGGUUAUGUUGAUUUACCACUGAAAAUUGAAAUUGUGUCCGACUGUAGGGAGAGAAGGGGAGAAAAAAGAAAAGUAGAGUCCAGGGAAAGGAAGAUGAGAAUAGCUAUGGCGCAGGUUCUUAAUAUUAACCUAAACCCUUCCAGUUCGUGGACCCGACCCGAAUCAGAUUGCCUCCGGUUUAACGAGAAACGAAGUUGGAUUUCUCUGCAGAAGGAGCUGAAGUGCAAGGCCAAGUUCACUUGCCUUUUUUCAGGCGGCAGCAGCGGCAGAGAGGAACAAGCUAGGAAAGCUUUAGAAAGUGCGCUUGGAGGAAAGAAAAAUGAAUUUGAGAAAUGGAAUAAGGAAAUUAAGAAACGAGAGGAAGCAGGUGGUGGUGGAAGUUCCGGUGGAGGGGGUUGGUUUGGAUGGGGUGGACGAUUUGGCUGGUCCAAUGGUGACAAUUUCUGGCCUGAAGCACAACAAACGGGUCUUGCCGUCCUAGGUAUUGUGGCCAUGUAUCUUGUGAUUGCAAAAGGUGAAGUAAUACUUGCAGUCACCAUCAAUCCCUGGCUUCAUGCUUUGCGAGGAACGAGAAAUGGACUCACUUUCUUAUCGUCAAGAAUCUUGAAAAAGACAUCUCCAGAAGGUCCGGUUGAUAUGUCGAAGAAGGAAGUGCAUAUUCAGGCUUCUGCUAAAGAAAGAGUUUUGAGAAAAUGGGGAGGGGAUUGAUUGUUUGUCUUAGCAAUUUUCAUUACACCCCAAGAUUUUGGCAGCUGAAUUCCAGAUUUUUAAAAAUGCAAUUUGAAUUUCAUACUGCUUAUGUUGUACGAGUAGCUUCAUUCUAAUGCUAGUCUUUUUUAUUCUUCUGGGGCAGGGAAGAUGGGGAAGGUGCUUUGAACUAUAUAUGGAAAUUAAUGAUAAAAUAUGUUGAUUUUCUCCCCCAUAAUUUGAAAUCGACCUUCCCUCCCGUUAUUUUCAUUUAA